UUUUGUUUUGCUCCACAGACGCACCCAAAUCGAACCACCUCUCUACAGCUGGAAUAAACUAAACCUAAAGCCAAAGGGCAAGAGGACAAGAGAAGACAAAGAACAAGAAAACAGUUGCUGGAAUGCCAAGCAACAUAAAUAAACUUUUCCCUCCUCCAUCAAGAUCAGAAUCAUUGCAACUAGGCGAUUUCAAAGAAUUUGUUACAAACAAAUGAGCUUUUGGUCUUUUGGAUUUAUUUCAAGAAUGCUUUGACUUUGAAACCAUGUCAUAGGACACUUUAAAGGAAGGAGGCAUACAUGCAGUCACCCUCCAUGCUUCCAGUGUUUCCAGUGAACAUAAACACCACAAGCCUCGAAGGUAGAUAGUGCUGAUUUCAGGGCAACUAUCUAAACUUACUAAUCAUUAUAAGUAGAAAUAUCUGACCUGACACGUGUUGGGCUGGUGGUUGUUCAGUGCUGUGCUGAACACUGAGAGUAAAACUUCAUAUGUUUAAACUUUAAAACUCCAACCAGAUUAUGUAAGGACUUUUAUCUUAAAUUAAACACCAUAUCUUAAUUAUUUUGGUGUCUCCAGCUGCCUUAUAUGCACAUUUACUGACUUACAAACUUAACAAUCCUCUAAAGCAUUUAUUAAAUCUUUACAACUGCCAGACAGACUCAAUUAAAAGGAGCCGCAGCUCCGUAUCUGAAAGCCAUGGAUGGUAAAACAGAAAGCAUUCAAGAUUUUUUCAACCAACUGUGGAGCUUCGCUACAUACAAACACAACCAGGGGGUCUACAACACAAUCUGCCUGGUGGUCCUCCUAACUCUUCCCCUGCUGGUCCUCCUCACUACUUUGGUGGUGUGCUGCCACUGCUGCUGCUGUCGCCAUGCCAACGGCUGCUGUUGCUGUUGCUGCAGCAGAGACACCAUGGCAAUAGCAAAGUCAGAAACGAAGAAGAAAAAGACUUCGGCCAAUACUGACGAUUUGUGGAUCUCAGUCAAGACAGGGCCGAUGACGACUGACAGGGUUGACCUGGCCAUGGAGUAGGAGGUAAUUUUUUUUUGUUGUAGAUUGCUGAUCCUGGGCCAGUUGGAGCUGAUGGAGCGUCUCAGAAGUCUAAAACUCAAAAUAUAGCUUGGACUGGAGUCUAAAGACAUUGUACAAACUAGACUAAAUCACAUUGUAAUGAGCACAUAUUUGGUUGAAUAAUGUAAACAGUGUACAGAUUCUUGUCAUUUUGUAUUCAUAUAAUAUCGUAUGAGGAUGAUGUUUACAGCAUUUUGUAAGAGCUUUUUAGUGCGUGGUACAUAAAGGAAGAAAAUGCUUUACAUAGGCAUACAAAUAUCUGCAAGUGUGUGUGUGUGUGUGGGUGAGUGUGAGUGGAGUUAGAGAGAGAGUGUGUGUGUGAGUGGAGUACAGUGUUAUUGAGAGCACUUUGUUCUUAGAGCUCCCAUGUGAAAUUCAUUGCGUCUGUAUUUGGGAGAGAGAGCCAAUUUAAGGUCUGCCCAGUGUUCAGGCGGCUGUAAUAUUGCCUACUUUUUACAUUCAGGCUGCAAUCAAGACUGGUGAUUGACUCUCACUUUGAGGAAGCCACUGACAUUCAAAAAGUUUAACUCAGGAUGCACAAAGAAAACUAAAGCUUCUUUAAUUUUGAUUAUAUAUAAUAUGACACAGUGUAGACCACGAGAGAGGCAAAUCCUGGUUUGUUUUUUGGAAGUAUUCAGGUCAAGUGAGCCUUAAAAGCCUGUAUUUAUUUGUAAGUUUUGGAUAUAAGUGAAAUAUAAAAGGUCAAAGUCUUAUACAAUUUGUAUCUAAUAAAAUCUAUUAAUGACA